AGUCGGGCUUCAGUCGAAAGCUAAACACUCGGGAAGACGGACGUACUUUUCUUCACGGAGACUUAAAACUACUUCUUACUUCUUAAGGCGUGGGAUCUCACCUGAAGGAGACAGGUGUGACUUCAAGACACUCCGCACAGACCGUCACAAGUCCAACACUCACUAGCAGUAGCCAUGAUGGGAGAGCCAGAGACGAGAAGAGGAGGUUGGAACCAGCGGUUUGGACGCCCGGAGAAGAUCCAGACUGACCCCGGUAGCAAGGGGAAGGUUGUAGGGUCCGGCGGGAACAAGUUUGCGGCGAUGCGGGCCAUGUUCGAGCGGGGAGCCGCGGAGGAAGGAGCGAAAGUUCCCGCGCCGGUCUCCCGACGGGCUCGGACCAAAGACGCGAGCAAGAAGCGGCCAGGCAGCUGGAUACUUCACGAUAAGGAAUCUGAGACCACGGAAAAGUCGUCUGAUAGAACUGUCAGUCAGAAAACGGCGACGUUUUCCCGCGAAAAAACGGCAGAGUCGGCGGAAAAGUCGUCCGAUAGAACUGUCAGUCAGAAAACGUCGGCGUUUUCCCGCGAAAAGGCAGGAUCGUCUGAUACGGAGGACAGGGUGUCGAAGCUGUCGUCUGAUCGAAGUGUCAGUCAUAAAAUGGCGGCGUUUUCCCGCGAGAAGUCAUCGGAGACGACGGAAAAGUCGUCAGAUAGAACUGUCAGUCAGAAAUCGGCGUUUUCCCGCGAAAAAACGACAGAGACGGCGGUAGGAUCGUCUCGCAUGAAGCUGUCGUCUGAAAGAACUGUCAGUCAAAAAACGGCGAUUUCCCGCGAAAAGACGCAGGAGUCGGCGACAGGAUCGUCUCGCACGAAGCUGUCGUCUGAUAGAACUGUCCAUCAGAAAGCUUUUUCCCGCGAAAAGACACCGGAGAAGGGAUCGUCUCGCACGAACGGCGAUAUCAACGAUGAGAAACACAAGCUGUCGUCCGAUAGAACUGUCACUCAAAACACGGCGGCGUUUUCCCGCGAAAAGACAGCGAAAGACAGACUCGGUUCUAACUUCAGAGAGCGGACAGACAGAGCGCCCGACCCUCCAGAGCGGGAUUUCUCCAAAGUCUUGAGAAAGACCACAUCGUCUUCAGCAGUGAAGGAAGAAGUAGAAACGUCUAAGAAAUACAGAACCCACACAAACGCCGUGAACGGCGUCUCAGAUGAGAAAAAACAUUCCGAGACGAGUUCGGUCUCAAGGUCAAAAGUUCUGACAGAAAAGUUCGCGGACGAACCUGCUCCGGAUGUGACGCAGGACGGAGAAAAAAUGGCGGGAAAUGAGGAAACGUCAGAAACCGGAAACGGAAGGAGCUCGAGCCUGACGGAAGAAGUGAUUUUUGUAGAGGAGGUCGUGACGUCAGAGGAAGAGAGCGUUCCACAGACGACGCAGAGGUCAAACAGAGUUCAACCUGACGUCCAGGUAAACAGAGCGUUGCGUGACGUCACUGAUGACGUCCAGGUGAGCCGAACGUCGCGUGACGUCACUGAUGACCUCAAGGUGAGCAGAACGUCUCGUGACGUCACUGAUGACGUCCAGGUGAGCCGAACGUCGAGGCGGCGACGCUUGGGACGUCAUGACGCACCCGACGUCAACUCGUACGAGCUGCACAUCAGCGAGAAUGGAACGCCGGAGGGAGACCUGAGGUCAACGACCGAGCGUACUGACGUCACUGAAACAUCGGAACGAGACCUAACGUCAACAAACGACAGGACGGAAAUAAGAAAGACCGCAGAAAGAGAGACGCCGACGCCAGCGCCGCGCCGGCACAGGGGCACCUCCCGCAAGGACGACGUUGCGACGUCAGUACGCACUGACGUCACUAACGGCGUGGACGUCCAGGAAUCGGCUCAGCCCAAGCCGCCAACGCGAGCUCGGACAAAAAUGGACGUCAAUAAAAACGGUCUGAACGGAACUUCAACCUCAACGCAGCGUCAAACUGACGUGAACCCCGAGAAAGACGCCGACGCAGAGACGUCAGCAAAAACUGUUGAUACUGACGGUCUUGGCGUCAACUCAGAAAACUUCAUUCAGACCAAACCACCCACGGGUCGGACCAAAAUGGACGGAUACGUCAGAAAAACCGGCCUGAACGUAACGUCGACGUCAACGCAGCGUCAAAGUGACGUCAUUUCCGACACAGCAAGUACUGAUGGUAUCGACGUCAACUCAGAAAACUUGAUCCAGAACAAAACGGAGACGCAGCGUCAACGCAACGGAGACGUUGGCGUAACCCUUGAUAAAAGUAACGAAAACGGAGCGCCGAAGCGACAUGGACGCAGAACGGUCGCGGAAUCAGACGGCACAGAAAAAAGUGCCACCGAGAACGGAGUGACGUCCGCGCGACGUCAGAGCAAGAUUGCGGACGUCGACGUCAAGAACGCGGACGAGAACGAAAUAGCAACGCGACAACCUAGCAGGAUAACAGACGUAGACGUCGAAAACGGAGAGCUGACGCGGCGUCAAAGUAAGACGACAGACGUCGACGUUGAGAAAACCGAUGAAAACACAGAGCCGACACGACUUCGUAGCAGAGUAGCCGACGCCGACGUCGGGAAGACCGACGUAAAAGACGCUCUGGUGCAACCUGGCAGCAAAGUAUCGGGCACUGACGUCGAGAAAACUGACGUAAACGGAGUGACGUCCACGCGACGUAGCAGCAGAAUUACGAACGUCGACGCAGAGAAACCCGACGUUAACAUGGAGCCGACACGACGUCGCAGCAAAGUAGCCGACGUUGCCGACGCUGACGUAAACGACGCUCCUACGCGACGUCGUAGCAGAGUAGCCGACGUCGACGCAGAAAAAACCGACGAAAACGAAGUGACCUCCACGCGACGUCGCAGUAGAGUAGCCGACGUCGCCGACGCUGACGCAAACGACGCUCCGACGCGACGACGCAGCCGGAUCGCGGCGGAGAUCGAGGACGUGGACGCCGAGCUGGCGCGGCCGCGGUACCGACGUCGGGACCGCGACGCCACCGACGCCGAUUUAGACGCGCCGACGUCGCGACGUCGGAGCCGUAACGGCGGUGACGUGAUGACGUCAGCACGCGGCAGGAGCACGCUGCUGCUUCCCGAAGACGGGACGCUGGAGCUGAACUCGGCCGCGUACGGGAAGGUGUCGACGCUUCAGUGGGGUUUCCGCGCGCCCGGCUACGCCGACAGGCUGGACAGGAGGCGGCCUCUGGAGAAGAUGAACGGGGAUGAGAUGGCACUCAGAGGAGCUUUGCUGUCCGGAGAUGUGGAGAAGGUCAAGGUCAUGGUGUCAACAUGGCCGCACAAAGUUCUGGACUUCCGGAACGUCUACGGCCAAUCAGGAAUCAGCACAAUUCAAAACGGUCACCUGACCAAGGAGGACCAAUCAGAGGAGGAGGUUCCGGUUUUCCCGAAGCGACCAAUCGAGUACAGCAACCCAGCGGUGUCCUGGUCACGUGACCUGACGAAGGCUGUAGUGGAGGGACUGACGGAGAAAAGCAACUCGGAGUUCCAGGCUGUCUGUAUGCAGAACGUUCUGCCAGACAAGGACAUGACGAAUGAUUUCGCCACGGCUGCCCUGGAGGCUGACAGACAGGACUGCAAGAUGGAAGGCACCCUGGACGUCUACCUGAACGUGUGGCUAAAGUGGGGUUACAGUAACAGUGAGAAGUUAGCGAAGGCCCUAGCGGCCGGCCUGGGAACUGCAGCACGUAUGCGGCUCCACGCCAGCUCAGCUGUGGUGCAUCGGGCGCAUCGCUGCUACAAGUUUGUGGGAGAACUCAUCAACACACUGGAUCCUGAGGUGACAACAGGAUUCGAAGUGUAUGAGAACGAGGCUGACCUUGAGGAGAAGUUCAAGGACAUUGUGAAGCUAAAGAACUUGACCUCGCUGACCUUGGCAGGAUGUCUUCCUGAGGGGACGUCUCCAGAAUAUCUACAGACUCUGGUUUCCUCCAUGCCAAACCUUCGUCGGUUGGACGUGCGGAGAAACCCUCUGACGGGCUGGUUCGCUGAACUUCUGGGGACAGCCUCACCCCUGCAGUACCUCAACAUCUCACAGUGUGGCGUUAGUCAGAUUGACCUGUACUUCCUGGCGAACUCGCACCACAUCGGUCAGCUGGAGGAGCUGGACCUGUCCGGGACGGACCUGACGGGACUCAUGGAGGACACCACACAGCUGCUGCUGCAGGCGUCCCGUAACCUGAAGUGGCUGGGCAUGGCGGAGUGUAACCUUGGCGACCACGCGGCCACCAUCUUGGAUCUUCUGGAGAAAUUACGUUAUUUGGAAGAGUGGGACCUGAACGACAAUGGGUUUAGCGAGGGGGACGUGUGCAAAAUCGUGGAGGCGUGUGCAAAAGCGCCCGGGUUCCGCUUCCUCAAGGUCACGCCCCCCGACACCGUGAACUCCGCCGACCCCAAGGAGGGGUCAAAAGAGGUCAGGCGGUUUGAUGGACUGGUUAAAGCGGCGCUGCGGAGGGCAUGUCCCGAUGAGGACCGCAAGAUGAGAUGUCUGGUGACCUACAAACUGCCCGAGUACAAGGACGAACCACCGACCUUGAUAUGAACUAUGACCCCUUGGUAUGAACUAUGACCCAAUGGUAUGAACUAUGACCCAAUGGUAUGAACUAUGACCCAAUGGUAUGAAAUAGGACCCUGAUAUGAACUAUGACCCCCUGAUAUGAACUAUGACGCCCCAGAUGAACUAUGACCCCUGGUAUGAACCAUGACCACCUGAUAUGAACUAUGAUACUAUAUGGAUAUUCUGUUGUUUUGAUAUUUGGAUAUGGUGUCUGAUAUUUGGAUAUGUUAAUUGAUAUUUCGAUAUGUUAAUUGAUAUUUGGAUAUGUUUAUUGUCCGAUAUUUUGAUAUCAUUUCGGACAUUUAUAAAGGAUUAGUUAAAAUUGUCUAGAAAAAAAUUGGCAAAUCCAUCUAAACUAAAAGCUACUAAAUGGGUGAUACAGAAGUUUGAAAUGUUUAACGUUCUUGUUAUGAAGUUUGUUAAAAAAAAGCCAUGGUGACGUUUUAGAUGCAGAUGUGUCCCUACAUCUGAAAUGUACGUCGCAACAGAUAUCCAGUAUAUGUGCAAACUGUUCUCUGUAUUCAUCUCUGUAUAUUCUCUGUAUGUAUCUUUAAAAGUUUUUGUUCUCUGAGUUAUAACUUGUUGUUCAGUAGGUUUUAGCUAGCUUUGUAGCUGUUACUGAUUACCUUUAUGCUAAGGUUAGUACUGUGGUUAAAAUUCUGUGAUAUCUGACUGUACAGAUGGUGGGAUUAUAUAAAUGAUAAGUAAAGCGCUAACCAACAAACUUUCCUUAGAUCAGUCCUCUGGUUCUUCCAAAGUUUUAAUAACUUUCUAAUAUCUACAGUCUGCUUUGCAUACUAUGAAGCUAUCCAGAGUUGAUCGUGUAAAAGAAAAAAGCACUUCGAGCUUUCUGUGUAAACAUAUUUUUAUACAGUGCUUCUCGAUACCCAAUGAUCGAACAUUUGUAUUGCCAAAUAUUUCCAAGAUAUCAUAGAAGAUUUAUUCCAGUUGGUACAAGUUGAUAAACUUUUUUGUGUUCCAAAUGUACAAUAAAGUCUUUCCAGUGUGCUGCA